AUGGCGAUCCAGAAGAAGCACGCGAAAGCGCGUCUGGACAAAUACUACUACCUCGCGAAAGAGAAAGGCUACCGCGCGCGUGCGGCAUUCAAGCUCAUCCAACUGAACAAGAAGUUCUCGUUCCUCCAAAACGCAAAAUGCCUGAUCGAUCUGUGUGCCGCGCCAGGCUCAUGGCUGCAAGUCGCCGCGGAAGUCAUGCCCCAAAAGUCGUUGAUUCUUGGUGUCGACCUUUCUCCCAUCAAGCCCAUCCCGAAGACGAUCACCUGGCAAGGCGAUAUCACAUCCGACAAGACGAGGGCGAUAAUACGCGGGCAUUUGAAGACGUGGAAGGCAGACUGUGUCAUUCACGACGGUGCACCGAAUGUCGGAACUGCUUGGGUUCAGGAUGCUUUCAGCCAGAACGAACUGGUGCUGUGCUCGUUAAAGCUGGCGACGGAAUUUUUGGCGAAUGGCGGCACAUUUGUCUCGAAGGUGUUCAGGAGCAAAGACAGUGCGAAGCUGGAGUGGAUAUUCAAGCAGUUGUUCAACAAAGUUGAUCAGACGAAGCCACCGAGUAGCAGAAAUGUGUCGGCUGAGACGUUCUAUGUCUGUAGAGGAUACAAGGCGCCAAAGCAUUUGGAUCCCAAGUUCUUGGAUCCACAUUAUGCAUUUAUGGAAGUCAAGGAGAAGGGCCAAAGUGACGAGGCGAAGGUGUUCAAUCCCGAGAAGAAGAAGAGAAAGCGUGAGGGUUAUGAGGAGGGAGACUGGACUCAAUUUCACGAGGCACCGGCGAGCGAGUUCAUUCAGACACAGGAUCCGAUCGCGAUGCUUGGAAGUUUGAACAGAUUACAUUUCCGACAGGAAGCGAAUGGCGAUAUCGCACUUGCUGCUCUUGACAAGCUCUCAGAGACGACGGAGGAAGUGCGUGAAAACUGCGAGGAUCUGAAGGUGUUGGGCCGCAAGGAAUUCAAGGUUCUUCUACGGUGGAGAUUAAAAGCGCGAGAGCGUUUUGGCUUCAAGCAGAAGCGUACAGAUCAUAAAUCGCAGGAGAAGACCCAAGAGCCAACGGAAGGAGAAGCUGGUGAAGAAGUUGCCGUGGUGGAGUCAAUGGAUGAUGAAAUGCGGUAUCAGGCGGAGCUUCAAGCCAUGAAGGAUGCGCAGGAUAAGCACAAGAGGAAAGAGAAGAGACGGGAGAACGAGAAGAAGCAGAAAGAUAUCGUGCGCAUGCAGAUGGGUAUGACAACGCCGAGUGACAUCGGUAUUGAGGCUGGAGAACACGAUCAAGUAUUCCAGCUCAAGAUGGUGGACAAGAAUCCGAACACAAGACGUCAGAUUACACGCGGUAGGAUGCAAUAUCUAGCCGACCCGGAAAAACCUCAAGAAUUCGAGGCCAGCGAAAGCGAAGCCGACGAGGAUGAAGACGGCGAUGAACUCGAAAGGCAGCUAGACAGCGCCUAUGAGAUGUAUCAGGCUGCGAAAGAGGAUCGGGACACCAAAGCAAGAGCAAAGAGGAUGAGAAAAGAGGCAGGCAAACACAAGGACGAUGAAGAAGAGUUUGAAGAUUUCGACCAGCGUGAGAAUGGAGCCGACACCGAUGCCAGCAGUGAUGCCGAGCUUGUUGAAGAUGACUCUGACUGGAGUGACGAGGAAGAAAACGCAGGACUGACCACUGAUCUGCAUGGAAAGGACGACAAAGAAAACGGUCUGUCGAGAAGAGCUGCAUCGUUCUUCAAGCAGGAUAUAUUCAGCGGGAUCGAUGGUCUCGAUGAAGAUGCAGAGGAGGAAGAUGCGGACAGAGGUCGGGAUCGGGAUAGUGGUAUUGAUGUCGACUCGCCCGAACUCAAGGCUGAGACCGAAAAGAUGGAUGUGGACGACGUUGAGGAGGAGGCGGCGGAAGAAGAUGGAUCUGAACCUGAAGAGGUCGCCGCAGAAGACUCGGAUGAGGACUGGGAAGAGGGUACCACGAAAGAGAAGCCUGAGGAUGAAGGCCGACCGAACAUCGAUAUCAUUACAGCCGAAGCCAUGACUCUUGCACAUCAGCUCGCGACCGGGAAGAUUACCAAAGCACAAAUGCUUGAUGAUAACUUCAACAAGUACUCCCUGCGCGACACGGAUGGGUUGCCAGAGUGGUUCUUAGACGACGAAGGCAAGCAUUCUCGUGCGCAGCGUCCCGUCACCAAGGAAGCUGCUGCUGCUAUCAAAGAGAAAAUGCGCGCUCUCAACGCCCGACCUAUCAAGAAGGUCCGGGAAGCCAAGGCCCGCAAGACACUUCGUGCUGCACGAAGGAUCGAGAAGAUCAAGAAGAAGAGUGAAGGUCUGGCCGAGGAUGGUGAUGCUUCGGAGCGAGACAAGGCCAACCAGAUCUCGAAACUCAUGGCGAAGGCUGCAAAGGCUGGAAAGAAGAAAAAGCAGCCCGUCAAGGUCAUUCGUGCCGGUGGCCAAAAUAAGGGCAGUGGCCGACCUAGAGGCGUCAAGGGCAAGUAUAAGAUGGUCGAUCCUAGGCUUAAGAAGGAUGUUCGCGGCUUGAAGCGUGCUGAGAAGAAGCAGAAGGGAAAGAAAUAG